GAUGGAUGAAAAGGUGGCUGGAAAUCAAGGGGACGCUGACCGGCACCAACAACCGCUACUUCCUCUGCAUAGCGGGGAAGAACCCAUCGAGGCUGAUGUUGGACUAAAAGGUCCCAUUAACUUCACCGACCUCCGCACAGUCCACGCCGAUAAUGCGAAGAGGUUUCAGGACAUAAGCAACCGCCAAAGAGUGAGUGAUUUCAUGUGUCACAACACUGCAACUGCAGACAAAUUUUAUGCCAAGAAUCCUUCUUUGAAGGAGGCUGCGGACAUACGAAUGCUCUUCACAGAGUCACUGCAAGCAGCGGCCGCAGCAGCAUCAGGGGUGAGUGAAGACAAUUUGGGGGACAUUGACAUCCACAGUGACCGUGACAGCUCUGGAGAUGAGCAUAGCCCUACUCCCUACCAAGACUCCACCGAUACCGAGACGUCAGAUGAAUUAUACAAAGACUUCAACGCUUGGAGAGCGGCGAAGAGGGAACAGUCAAUGGCCGAACACAGUCCCUCAGACACGGGUGAAGAGAGGGUGCCAGCCUCUGCACCAACUUCACCCGAUACGGACAAUGUUGCCAGUGAUCAACUUGUAAAUAUGCAAUGUUUUGUUGUACUCAGUCCGCUUGUGCUGGAUGAGUUAAUAAUGUUAUAAUGUUAUAAAGUGUCAAUGUAUAUAUUUCUGUAAAUAAAGUUUGUUAAAAUUA